GUACUUCUUGUCCAUAUCAGCCUUCGCGUAGUAUCUCCCGCAUGUGGCAUUACCUGCCUUCUCUAUGAUCCUCGCAGCCUAGGCGCCAGCGAUGGAAAUGCUAGGAAUGAUGUGAAGAACCCUUUGGUCGAUGAUACCAAACUCGCGCUCUGGGGUCUGUGUUUUGGUGGCAAUGUUACUCUUGCGGUAGCAGCUUUUGAAUACCGAGUCGCCGCCACGAUCGCGUUCGCGCCCCUUGAUCGACUCAACUGGUAUCCCGGAACGACGCAAGCCAAUCCUCAAGCUGGCUAUACACGAGCGCACCAGCCGCCUGGAAAGCGAAGAUUCUAUAUAUCUCCGCUACGUGAACGAGGACAGCAGUAUUCCAAUAGUCUCCAGAUCGCCGCCGAGAUGAUCCCCGCCCUCGAGCGCCUCGGAGUACCUGUCGAUAACCGCAUUUCCGUCCAGGCCUACUACAGAAGUCUGUCGUGGAAUAUCCUGAACCUCGUCCAGUAUAUUUUCCCGACAGCCAUAAUGGUUACGCCCGAGUUAGACGUGUCGUGUCUCACAGAGGACCAGCUCAAGUGCUAUAAGCAGAUAUAG